CAAAACACCCUCGGCCCUGCUGUUUUCAUUACGUUUCUGAGCUGCCUCCCCCUCACUUGUCCAUCACCUGCUCUGCAUCAGCCUCGUUAGUCCCUCCUGCUCCCAGAGUUUCACCUCAUUCUCCUCACCUGAGCUUCUCAGCCUUCUCUCCGCCUGAACUUCAGCCCCUCAGCAGAUUAUCGCCCAUUCUUCAGGCAGGGGGCGGGAGAGAGACUCUUGGGGAUCUGCUCUACCCCUCACCACCACCACCACCACCAGCAGCGCUGCGUAAUCAGGCAGGUCCAGGGCUGAGGCGCACCGAGCCUCACACAGCGCUGCUUAUUGAUAAGACUCCUUGGAAGAAGAGGACCGCAAAGUCUGGCGCAGAGCUGCGACGUUAUUUCAGACGUUCAGCCUGAGAGCUGAACUUUGGGAUCACAUCACGGUUAAAGAGACACGAAUCAAGUGGAUUAAUUGGUUUUAUUUCAAAGACACGGGACAUUUUUUUUGGAAUAACUGAAACUUUACUCACUUUUUGAGAGUUCUGGGUAGUUUUAUCUUUGUGAUAAAAGUUUGAAGUUUGUGACUUGGAAAUGUACUUAGUCUUUUUUUAAUUACACUUAUUGCGCUUUUUGUGCGCAAGGUGAACUAAAAAGAGAAGACUGAACAUCAAAUUGAAGAAAAAGUGCCAGAGUUAAAGCUUGGAGGUUUACUUCUUUGUUUUCUAUUUUUUUUUUGAGGGGGACUUAAAGUUGCGUGCCUGACCAAGCACGAGCGCUUUCUUCUUCUUCGGAUAUCUCUGCUUGAGAGACAACACUGUGGACGCACCAUCUACGCGCGCGCAGUUCCGCAUAGCGAGCCGCUGUCCCCCCGCGCGCAGUGCUGAGGAGAGAGGGACUCUCGCGCUUCCAUAAAUGCCCGGUCCGUCGAAGAGGCUCGAGGCUGGGCAGCAACAUGAGCUCGUGGGUACAGCUGCUGCUCGCGUUGCUGGUGGCGUGUCUGCACGUUGGCGUGGCCGAGGGGGAGCCUCUGCCUGCAGCCCUGGUGGAGCUGGUUAGAAACAGCCCCAUCUCCUCCAUAGAGGACCUCCAGCUGCUGCUGCUCUCUGACUCCGUAGAUGAGGAGGACGGGACUUCUGCAGCCAAUGGAGGUCACAGACUACCGAGGAGCCUCGAUGCCCAGCCAGCUCAGCAGGCUCUGUGUAAAGUUCGUACGGAGGUGGUUGAGGUCACCAGGGCGAUGUUGGACCGUAGCAACGCUAACUUCCUGUUAUGGCCGCCCUGCGUCGAGGUGCAGCGCUGCUCUGGCUGCUGCAACACCAAAAGCCUGCAGUGUGUCCCUGUCGUCACGCAUACCAGAUACUUGCAGGUCAUGAAGAUCGAGUACAUCAACAAAAGACCCACUUACGCUAAAGCGGUGGUUUCGGUAGUUGAUCAUGUGGAGUGCCGAUGUCAGCCCGCUCCGCGUCCCCCUGCGCCCAAGAGAAAACCAUCCCGCAGACAACAUAACCACCAGCAUCGAAACCAGACUCUCAGCCAAGGACAUGGACAGGUCAAGAUGCACUCCAAGGAUGAACUCCAUCAGUGGGAUGAGCUGAAGCAGAACCAGAGGACCCAUCUGGAGGACCUGCUGGAGCAGCACUGGAGUCCCAGAGGAGACACCUUCACGCAGACAGGAGAAGGGUACAGCCUGGCUGGGGAGGACACAUCUCGCUCUGGAGAGGCUGUUGUUUUUGCUCCACAUUGGACACAUAAUGCCACCAGGCUCCUUGAGACUAAAGACCAAACUGAGAAUGUGGCGGGGGCAAAUGGUGUGAUCUCAGAUGGCAACAAGACUGUUUCCUCAGUGGAUAAUGUUGGUGUUGAGGUAGAGAACAAGUUUGAAGAAGGGGAAAAAGGGUUGAUGCUCAACAAUACUGAAGGGAGAGCUGUCGAGGCAAUUGGGAACGGGGACGAAGGCACAGAAACAUGGCAAGAAGACAAAUCUAAACUUUCAAAGAGCCACAAGAGUGGUUCCUCUAACCCCGUUACUGAGAUCCCUCAAGCUGAGUUCAGUCCCUCUGAGGCGCCAGGUGAGAGAGUUUGGAGCAGGUUCCGACCGACCAAAGAGCCAAAUCCAGAGCCUCAAGGACAGGCGAGACGGAGAGACAAUGAGACUCCUGAGGAAGUGAGGAUAUUUCAGACUGAGGAGGAGAAACUGGAGCAGGAGAGAAAAGAGCUUCUGCUUCUCCACAAGAGGCUGGACCAAGAGAAGGAGCUCCUGAGGCAGCAGCAGAUGAAACAUGAAGAGGAGGAAAGGCAAAAAGAAAAGGAAAUGAAUAGUCAGCACCACCUUCAUGGUAAACACCAUCAUCAUCUGCAAACAACAACACAGAGACCAGUGACGACAACAACUACGACCACCACACGACAGCCGUCAGCUCCAGCAGGCCCCAGACCUCCAGCCCGUCCAAAGAAACGGAGGAGGAAGAAUCGAAAACAAAUCAGCAAGGCAGCUAUGAGAGCGAUGCUAAUGUAACGCCACAGUAAGGCCAGGGACACAGAGUGAACUUGGUGUAUUUCGUGGAUCCAGAUGUGAAGCAGAGUGAUUCCCUUCAUAUAAAUAUUUAUUCACUUGUCAGUAACCUGGUCGUCCUGUGAGAUCUCCUCCGUAACACUACUAAUGACUGUCUGGUGAACCUGUAACUCGACUGUGUGGAGUAAAGAGGAGGGUGAGAAGAAAAUGGAAUAUAAAUAAAAGGUGGACCUUUUCAAGAGAAUGACAGUUGCUGGUAUGAAGCAACAAGAGACGCCCGAGGACUGACUGAUUAUGCACGAGCGCAGACCCUGUGGGGGACUGAAACUGCAUCGCUGUAGAGCUGUGGAAAAUAGUGCAAUUUCAAAACUCUUUUUGAAACCUUUUUUUGAUAUCAACAGAGAGAAACUGCACUUAUAUGUUGACAGAAGCGAGUCUACAUGGGGUUUAAAUGGCAAAGUUUGUUGCUGAAAGAUAACCACACUUGGACUGGACUACAAAGUGCAUUUGGUGAAAAAGUGGACAUACAAAUGGACAUAACUCUUUGUGUCAUUGAAGAAUCUGUUGUAUUGUAAUUGGGAUAAUCUUAGCGACAAUCAUCAAUAGACUGCAACAAGUAAUGGUGACUAAAAUGAGCAGUAUUUCCAUGUGUGAUAGACUCACAUACUGAGGGUCUCAGUAAAGCUGUGUAGAUUCACCGUACCAAGACCUGAUAUCAUUUAUUAGCUCCGUAAAACAGUGAUGGUCUGUCUUUAACCAUAUUUAAUUCUAUUUAACUCAAUGCAAACACUGGAAUCACACAGAUGUGAUUAGAGGACAAAAACAUCAAAUGUUGCAUUUCAAAAUCUCAUCAGAGGUGUGAAGAAAAAGGUGCUAUCUGAAUACGAGGUGAUAGCGUUACACCUGUGACCUGACAUUGUGCUUUGUUUCUUAUUUAUUUAUCUCUGCCAUUACUGUGGAUUAACUUUUUAUACAACUACUGCAAACAAGAUGUGGUUGAGAUUGGUAACAAUGCUCCGUGAUGGCUGGGCGCUUCAUUCAGAAAGACAAGUUUUUAGAAAAGAUCAGAACCUUUGUGUCCUCUGAGGAUCAUGCUGUUUAUCCUCAAGGUCAAAUGUGUGUUAGGUUUGUAUUUCUGAGUGUGUUGUAGUGUGUGUAUGGACUUGUGCCUGCACCUACACUUCUAUCAUGCAUCUCAAAACUUAUGGUGAAGCAUCUUGUCUUCUUUCUGUGAUAAAGAAACCAUUUCCACUGAAACAAUCACAUUCCUUAUGAACUCUGGGAGGAUGGGAAAGAAACAUUCACCUACAUCACAUUUUUUUCAAUUGCCCCCACUGUAUUUGUUUCAUUAAUCAACAUAUUUUUGACAUUUCUUUACAGAAAAUGUAAAAGGGUCAAGUUAAUCAACAGGAAGUCACUUAAAAGCAAAGCAAAAAGCCAAAUAUUGCAAAUGUAGAUAACGUUUUUGUGUUUGCAGUAGUAACAACAUGUAGAAACACUGGUGAUGCUGUUUGUGGUCAAUAAUCCAUAAUCAACCAAACAUCUUAAGUUAUUGAAAAACAUGGCUUGUACAUUCCUCAUGCCGACUUACAACUGUUACUGAUUUUGUCUGUUUUAUUGUAAGAAAUGUUGACAGAACAUGAUGUUUAUGAUAACUUUGCCACCUAAUGCUAUUUUCAUAUGGGUAUAAGAAGCUAAUGUGCUUAAAUCUA